CUCUAUAAAACCAAUAGUCGAAGCGAGCCAAUGAUUCAGUUUCUUGCCUGAUUUUGCCAUGACGUGCGUACGGAGUAGACGAAGGUUUCGUCCUUUGGUGGAUUAUUUCUCACUGUUGCUGGGGUUUUUCGUGAUUGCAGUGGAUUCGCGUAGCAACUAUUUGUCGGCCACUGAGCAAGUGACAGCCGGAGAUAGUGUUCCCGGGAAUCGCGUACCAGUGAGAGAGUUUGGUUACAAAGAAUUGGGAAACAAUAGCCUAGCUUCUAUUGACCCGUCGGAUAACAAUCGGCACCCAACCGAUUCUACCGUUGAAGUGACAAAAGAGCGAAGAUUGUUCGGCAGUUACAAUAUUGCUAGUGGUUAUGCUAAAAAUAACGACGACGAAAUCUCGGUAUUGCCAGCGAUCGGAACCAGUAAAUCGGAUAAAGCUGUCGAAAAUUAUAUAUCUGAGCCUAGAAUGGGUCCCCCAUACGCAAUACUAGCUGAUCACAAAUUUGAAUCAGUAGUCAGUUCAGUGAAAAUUGUGCUGUUUAUUUUAUUGCUGUCAACUGUACCGACAUUUGUAGUUCAUUUCAUCCUUAUUCCAUUGAAAGUACUACUAGGACUAACGAUGGUUGCCGUCGCAAACGUGGCCGCCUUGGUUGCUUGGGCUACACAGCACGGGUCGAAGGACAAAGACAAGCACAAGGACAAACACAAAAAUAAACCUGGGCUCGGUGGUCUUUUUGGUGGCGUAGAUUUAGAUGGAGGUAUCAACACUAAUGUUCCCCUCACGUUCGUCGAGACCAAUACGAAUGCUUUUUCGAGUCCAUGUGAGAUGCCAUGGUCUAGUUUUGCAGGCUGCAGGGAAGCGAAGAAGCCAUAUCCAUGGUUGGCGCCCUAUGGAAGCAAGACUAGUUAUAAUAGCAAUACUAAUAAUAACCAAAACAAUGUAAACAAAAACACAAAGAUUAGUACGAACACGAAUAGUAAUAAUAAUAGUAAUAAUAAUAAUACUUCACAAUAUGGUAGUAAGAAGCCCAAAAUAUGGGACACGCAGACUUGGUCGUUGGAGGACUUUAAGGGUAUGGUUGCAAAUGAUAUUAAAACGGUACUAUCGUUUUUGAAAAAGAAGAAUAAAAAUAUUAAGGUACUCUGA